ACACACGUCUGGGUUACUUCUAAACACACACACACGGGAUUGGCCGUCAUUGUCAUUAAUUAUCUGCUGUGUGUCAGGUCAUAAUGAAGCCUGGGCCUUCCGCGGCAGGGCGUCGCCCAGUGAAGGAGAGGUGUGUCCUGCAGGGGAGUGGCUCCGAGCUCCGCCGUGAACUCAACAAAUUGCGACGAGGACCCCAAACACGCUAUUUCCAGAUUUGACUCACGGCGGCAGCGGACACCUACGAGUCGAUCACCAUGAAGUCUUUCCCUCCAUCCGCGUCUCCAAAGCAGAGGGCUGUGAAAAGGGUUCCUAAGCCCGUCAUGGAGAAACGCAGACGGGAGCGGAUCAACCAGAGUCUGGAGGCUUUGCGCCUCAUGAUGCUCGAGAACACCAACGAUGAGAGAAUGGAGAAUCCGAAGGUGGAGAAGGCAGAGAUUCUGGAGAGCGUGGUCCAGUUCCUCAAGACGGAGACAAACAUGGGGAGGGGUCCGCGCGCCCCGAAGAGGGGCCCCUCCAGCGAGCUCCGGCGUUCUCGCAGCCACCAGCACAGCUACAGCGAGGGCGUGAGGUCCUGCCUGCUGCAGGUCAGCCAGUUCAUCGCCAGCAGGAGCCAGGGCGCGGGGAGCGGGGAGUCCGUCCGGGCUUCGCCUGCGCCGCCGGGGCCCCAGACGUACCCGUCACCUCCCGCUCACAUCCACGGGGAAGUGGCGCCCGCUGCUGCCGGAGACCCCGCCGCUCUGACCCCGCACCAUCACGGGAUCCCUCAUCCGUACUUCAUCCAGAACCACUAUGACUCCAGGAUGCUCGUGUCCCCCACGGCGGCCCCCGCACGGGUCGCGGAUCCCGUGUGGAGGCCUUGGCCUCAGUAACAGACACUCUGACAUAGAUUAUAUUUUAGUAAUGUGCUGUAGACGCUGCUGUGUAAAUAUGUAUUCUAUUGUACAGCCAGACUUUGUACAGUCAAGGUGACUUUCUUUCGACUCACGUUUAAGAUGAAAUUUUCAUCUUCUCCACUUAUAUGUGGGUCUGUUCGCUUGAUUUGCACAGGCAUCAUAUGCUACAUUUUUUUCCUUUUU